AUGAGAUUCUCACGAGUGCUGGGCCUAUUGGCCACAUCGGUGUCGCUCGUUGGAGCCGUUGACCUCACAGGGUACGAGUUUAUCGUCGUCGGCUCCGGCGCCGGAGGCGGCGUUUUAGCCGCCCGCCUCGCCCUUGCCGGCCGCAAAACCCUCCUCAUCGAAGCCGGCGACGAUCAGGGCGCCAACGAUAACUACACCGUGCCUGCCUACCAGGCAAAGUCGACCGAAGACGACGCAAUGGCUUGGGACUUCUUCGUUCGCCACUACGCCGACGAAGCGAGGCAAGCCCGAGACUUCAAGACCACUUACGAGACUCCAGGCGGCGGCGAGUACACCGGUCUCCAGCCGCCCCCGGGCUCCAAGAUGAAGGGGACGCUGUAUCCACGAGCCGCGACUCUCGGAGGGUGUACUGCUCACAAUGCGCUGGUCGCGGUAUACCCCCAUCGUUCCGACUUUGAAUACAUCGCCCGACUCACCGGAGACAAGUCGUGGUCGGCUGACAACAUGCGCAACUACUUCGUUCGCAUGGAGAACAACCGAUACUUGUUAUUGCCCCUAUUAUACGGAGGUCACGGCUACAACGGCUGGCUGAGUACCGAGACGGCACCGCUAAAUAUCGCCUUGCUAGACCCUCAGCUCCUUAGUCUGGUGACGGGAGGCGCCUUUGCUCUUGGGAAUCAGACAAACCUAGUCUUCAACGUCGCCGCCCUCCUCGCCGGCGACGCUAACAGCCCGACCGUAGACCGCGACACGCAGCCGUCAUACCACCAGAUCCCCAUCACGACCAACGACGCUCACCGCGUCGGCUCGCGGGAGUUCGUCGUCGCCGUCCGCGACGCCAAGAAACCCAACGGCAGCAAGCGGUACCCCCUCGAUGUCCGCAUGAACUGCCACGUUACCAAAGUUCUCUUUGAAAACUCGUCGCCGCCCAAGGCCACGGGCGUCGAGUUCCUCGACGGCAGGUACCUCUACCGCGCGAGCCCCCGCUCGCGCAACGCCGGCUCCGGCAUCCGCGGCACUGCCACUGCAUCCCGCGAGGUCAUUGUCGCCGGCGGCGCGUACAACUCCCCCCAGCUACUGAAGCUGAGCGGCAUCGGCCCCGCCGCCGAGCUGCGCCGCUUCGGCAUCCCCGUUGUCAAGGACCUGCCGGGCGUGGGCACGAAUCUGCAGGAUCACUACGAGAUCACCGUCCAGGGCCGCACGCCGGCCAAUUUCAGCGCUCUCGACGGGUGCACGUUUGGGUUUUACGGCCAGCAAGACCCUUGCCUGGAGCGAUGGCGUAACCCCCCACUCCUCAGCGACCGGGGGACCUACGCGUCGUCAGGCUUUGCGGCGGCCAUGCUUUACAAGAGCACCGUCGCCGAGAGGAACGAGUGGGACGUGUUCGCCUUUGGGGGCCCGGUCAACUUCCGAGGAUACUGGCCCAACUACAGCGUCAAUGCCACCAUCGACCACGACUGGUUCAGCUGGGCGAUUCUGAAGUCGCAUCCCCGCAACACGGCGGGCUCCGUGACGCUCCGCUCGUCUGACCCCUUGGACGUCCCCGACAUCGUCUACAACUACUUCGACACCGGCUCGGGCGACUACAAUGCCGACCUUCAAGCCAUGGCCGAGGCCGUCGAGCUCACCCGCGAUGCCUUCGCCCGUCAGUUGGUACCCAUCAGGGAGAUGUUGCCCGGUGCCGGCGUCAGGGGCAACGCCGCCGUGAAGCAGUACAUCAAGGACACUGCCUGGGGCCACCACGCGUCGUCUACUUGCCCCAUUGGUGCCGACAACGACCCGAUGGCGGUAUUGGAUUCGAGCUUUAGGGUGCGUGGCGUGUCGGGGCUGAGAGUCGUCGAUGCUUCCGUCUAUCCGCGGAUUCCUGGUACCUUCACUGCCGUGUCGACAUAUAUGGUGGGUGAAAAGGCUGCGGAUGUGAUAUUGAACCAGAUUAUCAAUAGCCCGGGGAAAAAAGGACAUUGA